CCAACACUGUCACUCGACAUGUAAAUAAACAGCUAGAUUGUGGGUGAAUUGUGUUUGUGCCGUACACAUACUGCCAGAAAUCCGUGAAUUGCGCCGCUUAUCGUACAAUUCCAGCGAAAUCGGAAAACGUUAGCGACCGCUUUGGUGGGCACUGCGACCGGAUAGACUGUGAGUGACUGUUCUUGUGGUUUCCCCGCACACAAACUUCCACCUGAUUCAGUGUAAUAAUGUCGACGAACCCAAGACCUCAGCGACCAGCGUCGGAGGACGUGCAGAUCUCGAUGGGCGGCUCCGGCGGAGGAUCCGGCGAUGGCGUGCCGGACAGGCUGCCACCGAUUAGCGAGAAGGACCAGCGCUUCCCCUACUGCAUCGUGUGGACGCCCAUUCCGGUGCUCACCUGGCUGCUGCCCAUGAUAGGGCACAUGGGCAUCUGCACCUCGACCGGGGUGAUCCGUGACUUUGCCGGCCCCUACUUCGUCUCGGAGGACAACAUGGCGUUUGGGCGACCCACUCGCUACCUGCGCUUGCACCCCAAGUACGUGGAGGGCGGCAGCUACGCCUGGGACGAGGCUGUGUCCAAGGCUUCCGUGCUCUAUGGCACCCGCAUGCACAACAUCUUCUGCGACAACUGCCACUCGCAUGUGGCCACUGCGCUCAUCAACAUGCGGUACAAGGACAGCACCGGCUGGAACAUGGUCAUCCUCAGCAUGUGGCUCUUCGUCUGCGGGCGCUAUGUCGGGAUCGGUGGCUUCAUUAAGUCCUGGCUGCCGUUUGCGAUUUUCGUCACCGUCUGCGUACUGCUGGGCGUCUACUUCUAGUGACUAAGAUUAUGUUUAAGCGAACGUUAAUGAUUUGCAGUUUGAUAACAUUUGUCGUGUGUAUAAUACAAAAGGGCAUUGAACAAACGGCACAGAAGCAAUUAAGAUAACUUGGCUUGCGCACUUUAUCUAUGUAUUUAUGUAUGUCGUGCAAUAAACAAAACCUUUUAUUUAUUUA